AUGUGUAGAGGAUUCGUGGACUCGUUCCUCAUCCGAAAGCAAACCCUGGAGGUAUGGAGACUUUUUACAGGUAACGUCUUAGAAUUAAUAACUAGGGGAGUCCGGUGGUAGCCCCCACACACAUAAAAAAAGAAAUAUAUACGUUUUAUUAAAAACAGUUGAAAUAACUGUUCUUGUUUGCUGAAACAUUACCUGUGUUUGUUUGUGUAUGUAAGGAAUCAGGCAUCAUGGACUCUCAUUACCACAAUGAGAAUCUGAUAGUCUGUGGCCAACCUGUUUUCUGCUGGUACUGACACCACCUUGCACUGGGGUCUGCUGCUAAUGGCCAACCUGACACAUAAACCUUAGUAACUUGUACAGACAUUGCAUGAUUGUAGUGAUGCAAGAUAAUCAUUGUGUUACUUGCUGUAAACAUUGGCACAUUUACCACUUGAACCACAGGUCUUUGAAUUGCAGCCAAGGUAACAGAUCCAGGGUAAAGAUCAUUCAGAUUUUAUAUUAACUUUGUACCUCCCUCUUUCUUUAAUUUACAGACCGGGUGCAGGAAAACAUCAACAGGCUCAUAGGAAGUCGUCAGCCCUUGGUAGAGGACAGGAAGAACCUGCCCUACGCUGAUGCAGUGAUCCAUGAGAUCCAGAGACUGGCCAACAUUGCACCCAUGGCCAUCCUUCACACCACCAGCCGAGACAUCACCUUCCAGGGAUAUUUCAUCAAGAAGGGGACGCUUGUGUUUCCUCUACUUACGUCUGUCCUACAAGACAGAUGCAAAUGGGAGAGCCCACACACCUUUAACCCCACACACUUUCUGGAUAAUAAUAAUAAUAAUAAUAAUAAUAAUAAUAAUAUGCCAUUUAGCAGACGCUUUUAUCCAAAGCGACUUACAGUCAUGUGUGCAUACAUUUUUACGUAUGGGUGGUCCCGGGAUCGAACCCACUACCCUGGCGUUACAAGCGCCAUGCUCUACCAAUUGAGCUACAGAGGACCACGGAUGAGGAAGGUUGAUUCGUUGAUGGGAUGCCUUCAUGCCCUUCUCUGCAGGUGAGUUCAACUGUUUUGUUUCUUUAUUGACACUAUUCAGCAAUGAAAUAAAUCAGAUAUCCUUCUAUGGUGCUCAUUGCUUUGGCCCAGAGAGAGUUGAGGGGAUGGAAGCUAUAUUGAUGACAGUAUUGAUAUUUGUCAACUAUAGGAACCAAUAGGUGUAGAUGUAUUGUCCUCAUGUUGUCUUCCUCAUGUAAGAAUGCUGUUCAUUGACUAUAGCUCAGCAUUCAACACCAUAGUACCCUCCAAGCUCAUCAUCAAGCUUGAGGCCCUGGAUCUGAACCCAGCCCUGUGCAACUGGGUCCUGGACUUCCUGACGGGCCGUCCCCAGGUGGUGAAGGUAGGAAACAACAUCUUCACUUCGCUGAUCCUCAACACUGGGGCCCCACAAGGGUGCGUGCUCAGCCCCCUCCUGUACUCCCUGUUCACCCAUGACUGCGUGGCCAAGCAUGUCUCCAACUCAAUCAUCAAGUUUGCAGACGACACAACAGUAGUAGGCUUGAUUACCAACAAUGACGAGACCGCCUACAGGGAGGAGGUGAGGGCUCUGGGAGUGUGGUGCCAGGAAAAUAACCUUCAGGAAACAACAGAGGGUGCACCCACCUAUCCACAUCGACGGUACCGCAGUGGAGAAGGUGGAAAGCUUCAAGUUCCUUGGCGUACACAUCAGCGACAAACUGAAAUGGUCCACCCACGCAGAGUGUGGUGAAGAAGGCGCAACAGACCCUCUUCAACCUCAGAAGGCUGAAGAAAUUUGGCUUGGCACCUAAAACCCUCACAAACUUUUACAGAUGCACAAUUGAGAGCAUCCUGUCGGGCUGUAUCACCACCUGGUACGGCAACUGCACCGCCCGCAACCGCAGCGGGCUCCAGAGGGUGGUGCAGUCUGCCGAACACAUUAUCGGGGGCAAACUACCCGCCCUCCAAGACACCUACAGCACCCGAUGUCACAGGAAGGCCAAAAAGAUCAUCAAGGACAUCAACCACCCGAGCCACUGCCUGUUCACCCCGCUAUCAUCCAGAAGGCGAGGUCAGUACAGGUGCAUCAAAGCUGGGACCGAGAUAAUGAAAAACAGCUUCUAUCUCAAGGCCAUCAGACUGUUAAAUAGCCAUCACUAGCACAUUAAAGGCUGCUGCUGCCUAUUGAAAUCCCUGGCCACUUUAAGAAAUGGAACACUAGUCACUUUAAUAAUGUUUACAUAUCUUGCACUACUCAUCUCAUAUGUAUAUACUGCAUUCUAUUCUAUAAAAUUCUAAUGUAUCUUAGUCCAUGCCGCUCUGUCAUUGCUUGUCCAUAUAUGUAUAUUUCCUUAAAUUCCAUUCCUUACUAGUUUUGUGUGUAUUAGGUAUAAUGUUGUGAAAUUGUUAGAUAUUACUUGUUAGAUAUUACUGCACUGUCGGAGCUAGAAGCACAAGCAUUUCGCUACACCCGCUAUAACAUCUGCUAAUCACGUGUAUGUGACAAAUACAAUUUGAUUUGGUUUGAUGUUAUCUUCUUCCAGGUCGUAGGGUGUGUCAGGGGGAGGGUCUGGCCAGGAUGGAGCUCUUCCUCUUCUUCACCUCCCUCCUGCAGCACUUUAGUUUCACUCCUCCUCCUGGAGUAACAGAGGAUGAUCUGGACCUGACACCGGCCGUGGGGUUCAGAGUCUGGGCCUAA